AUUGCAUUCGGAUAAUGGAGAGCGAGCCCUGCUGCGACUCAUACUACAUUUCCCAAGCAGGGCAUCAUCGCCGAAUACCGUUUUCGCUCAAAUAAAACCCUGCCCGGCAAAGAGCUCCAAUAUUGGACUGAGUCGGCCACUGCCAACCGCCACCGUGCAUUAGGCUACAGGGAACGCGUGCACUCGACUGCCUACACGUAAUCACAUGAGCGGGAGCUAGAACCUUCCUCUAGAGCCUACCCGCCACCUUCUAGACUAGGACUAUCAUCAACAUUGCCGUUUGAGCUGAACCUCACCUCCAGUCUGCCCCAGAAUUCAACAUGGCAACGGCAACAGUGCUCAACGAGCUCACAGAACAUCUGCAAAAGGUCGACCAAGACCCCACCUGCACAUUGGAUACAGACCUGCUCGAGCAGUGCGAGCUCUCCAUCAACACUCCCGAGUAUAGAAGCCACAUUUGGAAGGAGACGAGAUCACUUUUCCUGCAAAUAGCAGCCUUGCUACCCAAACUUCAACAAGACGCGUCGCCGCUCAUCCAUUUCGUCGUCAAGUUGGCUGGACCAUACCGGUUUGAAGACAUCAAGGAUGUUGACUUUGAGAUUGGCCUCGACCUACAAGCCGUCCCAUUCCACAGCCUUCUCCUCACGCUGCUCGAGAAAGCCGCCGCCAGUAGCACAGAUGCCCAAGCGCUUGCCAACCGCCCAGCAGUCAUGCUGGCUGUAGUCCGCCUGUGGCUCUGUACUACGGAGGAAGGGGUAGCAACACAGGCUGAAGACCUGCUCACCUCACUGCUGGCAGUAUCAAAGAACGAACCUGUUGCCAUUGACGGGGAGUCGUUGCUACAUACCUAUGGCACCGGUCCCAUGUGGCGGCGACUGUUCAGCGAUCGUGACAUCAGUUCGCUCUACUACCACUACACUUCACUGAAGGAGCUCAGUUCGCCGCCUCUUCCGCGUCUGAGCAAGCGUGACAAGACCAUCGCUCAAGCCAGGCUACUGUCAUGGAUGCCACGCGUUGCUGCUAUGGACUGGAAUGCCAUAGUUUCUUCAUAUGGCCUCGAAGUCGAGCGAGAAGUCGGUUUGGAAGAGGGGCAAGGUUUGCUUCAUUACGCUGCACUCAGGAUGGUCAAUACCGAGGACGAUAUGCUUAUGCACAUGUCGCUACUCCAGUUCUACAGCAUGCUCAUCACAGAGGUUCAGACCAAACCACACCUUUCCCAUUACGACUCGAGCCUCUCUUUGGACUUUCUAAAACAAGGUAUCCACAAAGGACUCAUUGACUUUCACACCUCAGAGAACCCCAGUCUUGACCACUCAUUUUUGAGCAACCGAACCGCGCAGUACAUCAGCGACUAUGCGUCGUGUUACCCCGAGAACUUUGAGAAUAGCGAGGAGAUGCCCAUCAUUCGCAACUACGUCCACCGCAAUAUCCGGAAAUGCGAAGCGAGUAAUCUGAGCAUCAUCGCCUCCAUGCCGAGGUCGACGCUGAUACCACGAAGCGCUUCGGGGCUGGCCUGGGAUGAUUGUGUCAUUGUCGAUAUGCCAAUCACCAGGACGAACCAGGACGCUCUGAAGACGCUGGCAGCCAUCUUCCACGGCCCGCCAAAGGAAGAAAUCACAUUCCCGCGGACCGAAACCUUGGGUUCCGAUGGCAAGCGGACACAGACAGAAGCCAUAUACGCGCGCCUCCUGACUGCCCUUUUCUGGAGCAAGAAACCAUCCAUGUUUGCCGACAUCACAUCCCACAUGGAGACGAUUGCCAUGAAGGAGAAUGCACUGGCUGCGCUGACGCUCGUCGGCGCCCUCAUCACUUCCUCAUGGUCCGCCGAACCCCUGCCAGACAUUUCCCCCAACGACCUGACCUAUGCCCGUAUCAAUGCUUUCCCAAAAUCCGGACUCGAUGUGAUCCUAGAUCCUACCAUCAGCAGUGGUGUAUUCCCCUCGUUGUUAAAACCCGCAACCACGUUUUCCAACCUAGUCGGCGGUCGUGGUGAUGCCGAGAAUGCGGCAUACAUCGUAGCAACUGCAAAGUUUGAGGUCUUGAAAACGCUUGGAAGGAAGCUGGAAGAGGACGGCAGUAGGCAAGACGUGCUUGCUAUGGUAAGGAGAAGAGUAGGCGAGGGUGUUUGGGGUGAUACCUCCAACGCCGGCAGCAGGAUCGGCACGCUGGAGCUGUAACGGUCACAUCUCCAUGUAUAGUAUGAGUUUUAUGUUAAUACCAAAAGUAUUAGAUGUCCCG